AUUAGCCUCAUUUCUCGUUUGGAAAUAUACAAAGAUGUGAGAGAGAGAGAGGGGAGAGAAAAAAGAGGGGGAGGGGCAGAAAGUAGAAACUGCGAAAACCGAAACGGGAGAGAAAGGAAGACAGUUGAUUCUGAUUGGGACAAGAGAGAAGGAAUUAGCAAUGGGCAACUCUGAGUCUCAGUCAGUUCCAACCGAUCCCCGUUUUGUUUCAGCUUCCAGAGCCUUUACUCACCACGAACUUGAAGACUUAAGGUCUCUCUUCGAUUCGCUCGCUGCCAAGUCUCAGAGCAAUGCCCAAUACAUCUCUCCCUCUGUUUUUCAGUCAUAUUUUGGACUCCAUGGCCCGCUUGGGGAUAGAAUGUUCCAUUUAGUUACUCAAGAGCGCAAGGAUCAGCAUUUAACUUUUGAAGACCUCGUUGUUGCUAAGGCUACUUACGAGAAAGGAACAAGAGAUGACAUUGAAGAAUUCAUCUUUCGCUUAUUGGAUGUAAAUGGGGAUAAAUUUGUAGGGAGGUCUGAUUUGGAGUCUGUUAUGAUUUCCAUUUUUAAGGAUAUAUUAUGCAUAAAAGAUAAUGAAGCUAGAUCAAGUUCAGAUCAGGGCAUUGUCAACAUAUUUCUAAAUGCUGCAAAUUUCUCAAUGCAUGAAGAAGGGUGCACUGAGGAGUCUAUGUCUUUUGAGGAUUUCAGAAGUUGGUGCACUCAUGCCCCAUCUGCUAGGAAGCUUCUUGGGAGCUUGCUGAUGCCACCUGAUUCAGGACGACCAGGUUCUCAAAUUCCAAACCUGUUGACCUCAAACGACAUUGAUCCUAGCAUUUUACUUUUGAGAAAGGAAUAUGCUUGGCAUAUAGGAGGUGCACUUUCUCAGCACGAGCUGGAAGAUUGGAUGCUUUUAUAUCAUAGUUCUGUUAAUGGUCUUAGUUUUAAUACAUUCUUGGGAAACAUUUCAAAUCAUCAAGGCCCCAGUGUGUUAAUUAUUAAGGAUAAAGAGGGUUAUAUAUACGGAGGAUAUGCUUCUCAGCCAUGGGAACGGCAUGCUGAUUUUUAUGGAGAUUUGAAAUGUUUCCUUUUUCAACUGAAUCCAAAGGCAUCCAUUUUCCGGCCUACUGGAGCAAACCAUAACCUACAAUGGUGUGCCAUCAAUUUCAGUUCGGCAGACAUUCCAAAUGGCAUUGGAUUCGGAGGACGAGUUAGUCACUAUGGUGUUUUUAUCUCGGCAAACUUCGAUCAAGGCCAUACAUUUGCAUGUUCCACAUUUGGUAGCCCGUGCCUCUCUAAGACCAACCGCAUAUUGCCGGAAGUAAUAGAGUGCUGGGGAGUGACUCAAGGAACGGUAUUAGGCAAGAAUGAUGCCGUCAAAGGCACCAUACUCGAAAGAUUUAAGGAAGAUCGCCACAUGCUCAACAUGGUUGGGCUAGCGAAUUCCAGUGAGUGAGCUAGCCCUUCAUCCUUUCUUCGUGUAAAUCUAGUCCCAUAACAUGAUACUACGUUUAUAUAUAGCAUUUUGAGAAGUUUUUUAUUCCGAGAUUAUUGCUUUCGUACAAGUCUCACCAGAAAUGAUGAAUAUAUUGCUAUAUACCAAAAAUUCUGUUACUA